AUGUGUCGAUCUAAUUUUAGCUGGCAACAAUUGACAUGUGGUCGGAUACUGUGUUAUUUUGUCUGGCUAUUGUUACUGCGAAGAUCGUUUAUUAUCAAAGCCAAUCAUUUUAAUGGUGGUGCAAUUACAUGGAAACCUGUUAACAAUUCAGCUAUAACAGCGCCAAUACAAAUCGAAAUCAUUCAGAGUUACACAUGGAUUAAAUCACAAGUUGAUUGUCCAACAAUCGGACUGCCGAUUUCAAUCGGUACUAAAACUGGAUGUUGUUCAUAUCUGAAUUGUACGGCAAAUUGUGCAACAUCAACUAGUUAUACAGCUCCUCCGAUCACUCCAAGUAAUUGUAUUGGUUAUUCAACAUCAUUAGAUUUGUCCUAUUCUCAACGAACGGAUAUUGUCAGUUUCAAUGCUGAUGAUUAUUUUACGGUUGCGUUCGUUUCACCAUCUGGAACAUAUCGGUUACUUAUGAGUAAUUUGUCAGUCAAAUGGACAAUUGCCAGUGUUAUUGAUAUACGGAGGAGAAUGGACACGGGAAAAAUCAAUACACCGCCAGUGGCUCUUGUUUUCUCGCCGACAUCAAUACCAUUCGGAACAACAACACAAAUUCAUAUACCAUUUCUUGAUGUUGAUGGUGAUGAUGUAAUAUGUCGCUGGAGUGCCGGAGUUGGCGAAUGUCAAGAUGUUUGUUAUCCGGCAGAAAUACCAGCCUUAACUACAGUGUCAACUGGGUGUGUGAUAUCGAUAGCGCCAUUAUUGGUUACCGAUUGGUACUGUGCUCCUUUGCAGAUUGAAGAUUUUUAUACAACUUCCACAUCAUCACCUCUUAGUUCUGUUCCCGUCCAAUUUCUUAUCAAUGUCUACACUCCACCAACCUAUUCCAUUCCGGCUAUUACCGGUUUACUAACUGAUCAGUCGUGUGUUGGUGUCCAAGCUGGUGUGCCGUGGUCCACAACAUUAGAAAUUGAACAAUAUGGAGGUUCAACCGUAUCAAUCAGUGUGGUUGAUAUACAACAAACAUUCAGCCCCGGUGUAACUGAGGGUCCAGUCACACAAGUAACAACUUCAUUGUAUACAACAUCGCUGUCAUGGACCCCUCUAGCAAAUCAAGUUGGACCGCAAAUUAUUUGUGCCGUUGCAAGAGACAAUGCUAGUAUACCGUCCAACCAAUAUUGUCUAACCUUUGUCGUGGGAUUGACAGCAGCCGUAAACAGAAAUAUUGAUUUACCAUUAAUCAUUGGUAUAUCCAUUUUGGCUCUCCUACCCCUGCUGGCAUUAUGUUGUUUUUGUUGCUGGUGGUGGUGGCUAUGUAGUCCUGAUGCUCGUCGUCGGCGAAAAGAAGAAAAACUUAAACGAAAAUAUUUAUUAUUCAACGCAUCACCAUCGAUAGCCAUACAGAAUAGAGCCAAAGUAGAUUCAGUAAGACAAUCAGAAAGCUCAAGGUCAAAACAACGACGUAACCAUAGUAACAGGAGUCAAAUAAGAAAACCAAAUGAAAAUGAUAUGGCUUAUAACAAGCAGCAAACUAGUCGACAAACAAGUGCAUCGACAGAGCUGAAUCUUGAUGUAAUGAAACUCACACGAACAUCUAGCCUUGGGAAUUCCAGUGUAGUACGUCUAAAAGACAACAAAAUCGAUAACUUAUCCAUAGACGGCAAAAACGAAAAGAUUAUACCAUCUGUUAGCGACGAUGCUACUACUUCUAAAAUGGACCUUUCUAGGACUACAGCAAGUAGCCAGAGACCAGUCAGUGUCAUCAAACUACCCCGAGCAAAAUCGACAACAUCACGUGGUCGUAUUAUUGAUGCACCAAAAAUACAGCCAAAACGACGAUGUACGACUAGUCUUAGUUUAGAUGAUGUUCCAUCACCGUCAUCAUCUUUCAGAAAACUACGGCCUUCUACUGUUGUCAGCGUUAUAAAAAUGAAACGACUCAAAUCUUCGACAAUAGCUCCGAAUAUCGCCGGGCAUAGCAUAUUAGCUGUAUCGUCGGCAACUUCCCAAGCGCGUGGACCACAAAAAAGUACAUUAACGGUUAAUCAACUUCCUCACCUUAGAUCUUCUGUUCGAGUCCACGUUCCAUCAGCGGAAAAUGGCACUGGAAAUGCAACAGUCGUUUCAGAAAGCAAGAUGUAA